GAUCGACUUCUAUGAACCCUUCAUGGAGGAACCACUCACACUCCCCGCUCCGCCCCACGGCAAAGAGGAGAUCGCCGCCUUCGUGGGGGAGCACAAGCGGUGGGGGCCCACUGCCCCCCGUAUCCCCCGUGCUAUGGGGGCUGGUUGCUAUGGGGAGCUGGUUGGCAUAAGGAUCGGGUUGCCAUGGAGAUCAGGUUCCCAUGGGGAGGUGGUUGCCAUGGGGAGCUGGUUGCCAUGGGGACCAGAUUGUCACAGGGAUAUGGUUGCCAUGGGGAGCUGGUUGCUAUGGGGAGCUGGUUGCCAUGGAGACCAGGUUGUCACAGGGAUGUGGUUGCCAUGGGGAGCUGGUUGCUAUGGGGAGCUGGUUGCCAUGGGGAUCAGAUUGUCAUAGGGAUAUGGUUGCCACGGGGAGCUGGUUGCCAUGGGGACCAGGUUGUCAUAGGGAUAUGGUUGCCAUGGGGAGCUGGUUGCUAUGGGGAGCUGGUUGCCAUGGGGACCAGAUUGUCGCAGGGAUGUGGUUGCCAUGGGGAGCUGGUUGCUAUGGGGACCAGGUUGUCACAGGGAUGUGGUUGCCAUGGGGAUCACAUCGCGAUGGGGAGGUGGCUGUCAGGGAAGGUGGUUGCCAUGGAGACCAGGUUGUCACAGGGAUGUGGUUGUCACGGGGAGGUGGUUGCCAUGGGGACCAGAUUGUCACAGGGAUAUGGUUGCCAUGGGGAGCUGGUUGCCAUGGGGAUCAGAUUCUCAUAGGGACGUGGUUGCCAUGGGGAUCACAUCACAAUGGAGGGGUGGCAGUCAGGGAAGGUGGUUGCCAUGGAGACCAGGUUGUCACAGGGAUGUGGUUGCCAUGGGGAAGUGGUUGCUAUGGGGACCAGGUUGUCACAGGGAUGUGGUUGUCACAGGGAUGUGGUUGCCAUGGGGAAGUGGUUGCCAUGGGGAGCUGGUUGCCAUGGGGACCAGGUUGUCACAGGGGUGUGGUUGCCAUGGGGAGGUGGUCGUCAAGGGAGGUGGUUGCCAUGGGGUUGCCAUGGGGAUGUGGUUGCCAGGGGGAUGGUUGCUACGGGAGAUGGUUGCCAUGGGGAGGUGAUGGGGGGCAGUGGUACCCCCGGGGAUGGGGGAUUCCUGGUGACAGUGGGGGAGGGGGGGGUGAGCCCUGGGGGUGAUAUGAGUUUGUGAGGGCUCAGAGGACGGGGGAGACACGAUGGCAGUGGGGGAGGGGUUAUUAAUGCCGAUGGAUCGAUCCCUCUCCCCCCCCAAAAUGACCCCAAUCCCACAGGGAUCUGUGGGGCUCGGGGACCCCUCAUUGCGCCCCUCAGUGACCCCUCCCCCCAC